AUGACACUAUUGACAAAUAAUCGAUCUCUUCGGAUCAAAGAUAUUACAAGUGCCAUGACCCAAAUGGAGCAUAAGCGUGUUGCACUUGCGGUCGGCCUGCGAUUAAGCAGCGUGCAAAAAUUGACAAUUUUUAUGAAGCACAUCGAUACAAGAGCAUUUUCAGUAAUGGAAGUGGUCAAGCGGCAAGUGCAGCAAGUACUCAGUAGGCGUAGCGUGUGCGAGAAGUAUUUAUGUCUGCCUGUAUCAGUAAGCGUGAACUUCCGUUGCCGCUACGCUAUGGUGGACUUCCUCUCUAAGGCUUCCAUUUCUUUAAGACCCAGUGUCAGGAGUGGCCCGCAUCGAGUUACCGUAUCUACCCCACUUUUUCUAAAGACGAAUUAG